UCAUGAUCAUUUUAAUAAAAACAAUUGUGUGUUGCAGGAGAAAGCAGAAACACUGGGGAUAAGUGCCUUGAAUUUAUUUUUAGAUUUUGAUGAAAUGGAAAUUUUGAAAGAAAAUUUGGACUACCUUAUCAAUACACUGGAUCUGGAAUAUAUAAUAUGCAAAUACACAGAUGAAGCAAAGGAUAGCUCCAUAGAGGACUGCUGCCCUGGUGAUCCAAUUAUAGUUUAUUCCUAUGAUCCCCUACCAGAAGUGCUGUUGAUUAAUCAACAGUGUCACAAUGGAUAUUUUGAAAUUAAAUUGUCUGUUUUCGAUGGCCUGACUGUUAAAGAUCUCAUUUCCAAGACUGCCAAAAAUCAAAAGAUUCCAAGUUCGAAAAAAGUGACACUGUACAGGUAUGAAGAUCCUGUCAUAGGUCCGAGGACUAUUCCCAUUCUGGGCCAAACAGAAAAAGGAAAAGCUCCGAUUCAGCUCAGUUCGAGAUUCCGUAUUGAUAAGUGUUCGAUUUUUGUUGAAGAAAAUGAGAAGAGGCAUGAUAUUGGACAUCAAAUGACUUAUGUAGUGGAAUAAUUAAUUUGCAUUCAAUAAAUUAUUUAUAUACUGUUUAA